GGCCGGGCUUCUGGAUUAAGGAGGUUUCACAAUAUUGAAGAUUAACCAUGCAGUGACAGACCCGACCGAAACACGAUCUUGUUUAGCCAUGUCGGCAGUCAUCCAAUCAAACACGCCAUCGUAAUGGAGGACCCGGAAGUGGUUGUCUGCCGACUAUAAUGAGAUUCAGAAGUUGUUUCCAUGCAAACAGAUGUACUGAGCGUUGUCUCAGACAUGUCAGGAACAUACCUACAUGGUCGAUACACGCUAUGGUCUAUGAGACGCCGCCUAAUGUACGUUUUGAAUGAAGAUAAGAACAUCAAAAUGCACGUGUAGCUUUGCUGGAAGCUGUGGAUUGACUAGAGAAAUAUUUGUUGAACAAGUUCUUAUUAAUAUUGAUUUCGACGUGUCCUGAGAGUCUUUCCUUCGGUCAGAUCUACAAAGAUUUAAAUAGAAACUGGACAUAUCUGUAAUGUGACAUCAACGGACAAAAACAUGAAACACAUUGGUUAUGUAUCUAGAUCGACUGUAGUACAUUCUCUACAUUCUAUAUGAAACUGGCCAUUUAGGCAGAUGAUGUAUGUUUGAUGCAGUUUUAUACUAAAUAUCUUCAACAAGUAUAAACGUAUGAGGUAUGCAUCAUUUAUUAGUUUACAUGUAAAUGACUAGAGGCUGUUUACUAACGCCAGUUCUUAAACUUACUAUGACUGAAAUAAUCAGACAUGUGUAAUGAAAGGAAUCAUCCCAUCAAAUAUGCGAUUACGGCCAAGGAGAUUGGUGCGAGUUUUCACAGCAGUGAUCGUGCUGUGGCUCGGGGUUACACUGGUUCGGCAUCUGUGGCAGACAACUUCAUCGUUUUGGAAGGAUGAAGACGUGGACCUGGGGCCCAUCGAGUCAGAUAUGGAUAUCCCCCAAGCUUUUGUAAAGUCAUCCGAGGGAACAUCGACGCCUGUGGUUGUUGUUGAGGAACACUAUGAAGUGUUGAAGUACUGGUUUGCUGCCUCGGAGAGCGGGCUGGUGCCAUCAGCCGGGGGAAUGUCCUGUUCCAUAUAGACGGUCACAGUGACAGUGGUGCUCCACUUGACAUCAAUGUACUGCCUCUGUUCCGAGCCCCAGCCAACAUCCAGGAGGUCAAUAACAUGAUGCAGAGAAAUGAUGUAUUUAUUGUGGCUGCUGCCCUUGCUGGCCUCAUCGACCGUUACAUCUGGGUGUGGCCUCCAUGGGAUCUGCCAAAUCAUGAAUCAGAUCACGUGAUGAUCGACAUGCAGGUUGGUUACUUACGCCCGUCAAUGUCAGUCACUGACAAGCUGGAACUGUGUUAUUGCAUGGAGAUGCGGGACACGGAAUUCAGCGAGUGUCGAAUGAGGAAUGCCUCGGACCCUGAAGGCGAUGGAUCACUGAUUGGUCGGUCAGGGUGUAACCUGAACAAAUCUGGAAUAGUGGAGGUUGUGAGCGAACAGAAAGCCAUAUCUUUGAUGCAGACGGGCCAGUGGAUUACCCCCCUUGAUAAUGUUAUCCUUGACAUUGAUGAGGACUAUUAUGGCUGCCAGUCUGCAGGAGAAGCUCUGUACUCUGCUGGAAUCAAGUCCAAUGUUCUAAAUUCUAUCACCGAUAUCAUGUGUGAGUUGUUCUGUGCCCGGAGCGUCCAACAUGAGACCGUGAUCGAUACUUUCUUCCACACUCUUGUACAGCUCGUCCACAGGUUAAAGACAGACGCAGAUACAAUUCUCAAAGACAGUACAAAAACCAAAAAAGAACUGGAGGUACAAAAAAUUGUGUACAGAAUCCUGCCAGAAAUAUUCAAACACCUCAAUGAGGAUCCACUCAGUGAAACACUAUGUAACAAUCCCACCGAUAUGGCAAAUGAGUUAUUCUUACAAGGAAUAAUUCGCAAUAUCGUACAUAUGGACAUCAAACAGUUAACAAGCCUUGCAGAAGCAGGCGUCUGCCUUCAACUCUCACCAAAAGCCCACUAUUUUAAUGUAGCGAACAGCAUCCAGGUUUGCGAAGGAGCAAAUACCCCAGACAGCAAAAUGGUUCUCUUUCACACACCAACACCUUUUGAGGUUCAUGAAAGAACAUUGAAUUUGAAAAAACUACUUAAUUCUAAAUCAAUCAAUCCCUCACUGAUAACAGUGUGUCGGUCAGUCAGAGAUGGGUACACUCCUCGCAAACUUUUCCCAAGGAUCGAAGCAGACGUCUUGAAGAUCCUCCACAACGUGUUCCCCGAUGUUCACUAUGCAUCCGUGUAUCAUGACAAGGAUCUGCUUGGUGGCGUCACGGGGUGGCAUGACCGACCCUUCCAGUUUGAAAGUACUUAUGUAUAUCAGCUUCUUCAAAAGCAUUCAAUCACCAAAGAAAACCUAUUUUUAUGACAUCUUUAAGAAAGGGUAACACUAUAUGGAGGAACAGGUUCUGUAUUACAGUGAGAGCAACAUUUCAGUGCGAGUUCUAACUAGUGGUGGUCCGAGUAAUUGAAAUAAUCAAGAUUGGUCGCAGUCACUAAACGACCAAAGCAAUUGAACAUGUUUUCUCGUAAUCGAACACAACCAAUCUUGGAAGACUCGUUGCAUUAACAACAUUUUUCACAAGGCUGGUUUUGUCUGUGUCAUU